AUGCGGCCAAACCGCUGGGUGACAGGUGCCUUUGUUCUUGCCCUUUGCUCCUCAUUCUUGUUGGUUGCGGAGCGCUGCCUCCGCGAACGUCUGGUGUUUUCCGAGCAUCCUUUGUUUGCAGAUCUUGCCGAGAAGAUCCCAAAUUACCAGCAUGUUUGGUUCGCCUGGGAGUUGGUGGGCACACGCCCCAUGAAGUACUUUGAGUGGUUCUUCAGCCAGGAACAGAAAUACCCACUGAAUGGCUUUGGGGAAAUGGUGCUGCAGAAGAAUGCCUCGUGGCAGGAGCUCUGCCGGAUGGAUACUGACGGGGAUGGCAUCACCAACGGGGAGGAGCUCGGGGACCCAUGUUGCCGCUGGCAAGCUCCGGCUGGAGAUUUCCAGAUCAGCCGCAACUUGGAGUACAGGCGUUGGAUGACCUCCCAUCCUUCACAUCCUACGGAAAGGAAUAAGAACAUUCAUUCCUUUCCGAAGUCCUGUGAUGAGGAGUACGACGUCGAAGAGUACCAGCGCAUCUUUCGUAAUUUCUACUUCAGUCGUUUAGAAGGGACAGAGGAGACCCCGUGGUCAGUUCUGAAGCUGGCGGCCUUUGCGUUCAUGAUCAUUCAGAUCGGCUUCUGGAUUGCCUUUGAUGGGCUUGGAGACGAUCUGUUUCGCUCCGUUUCUCCGAUGUCUUCAGGUCAGAGGGUGCUUCUCGUUGUGGCCAGCUUCCUCUACAUGGACUUCACCUCGGGAGUGGUGCAUUUGAUUUUGGACUACGCGCCAACCUUCUUACCAGUGCUUGGAGGCUUGGCCGGUGGUUUCCGAUAUCACCAUGAAGACCCCACUGCGAUUUGCCGCAUCAGCUGGUUCGCAUACGCCUCUCACACUCAUUUGCUCGCCAUCGUCGUUUUGUUGGUCUUGAGACUGGGUUUGCCCUCACGCGGGCUGCGCUUCUUCUGGAUUUGGGGUCUUGUCUGGAGCCACCUCUUUCAGUCAGCGCACAGAUGGACGCAUUUCCCACCUGAACAGCUCGCUUGGUGGAAACGAAUGCUUCAAUCGGUGCUAGUUCUCACACACGAGCGCCAUAUGGAGCACCAUCAGGACCUGCAAAAGCAGUUUACCAUCCUGUCGGGCUUUGGAGACAUUGUCCUGGAUCCCUUGGUGAAAGUCGUGCCAGCAGCACACUACGAUUAUUGGUGCGUGUUUGGGGUGUGUUGGUUCUUUUUCCCCCAUUUCCUGGACUCCUGGCUCCGCGCCGAUGGAUCCCAGCGUUCCCAGCGAGUCAGCGUUCACGAGAAAGUCUAG